AUGGCAGCCACCGAGUCCUCGCCGUUAUUACCGCAAUACCAACGAACUGCUUCGAAUAACAAUAAUCCUCCGACUACGUCACCACGCUCAGAUCGUCGGACCGUGAAAUUCAACCCGCUCACCACCAUCAGCACGUACAAUGGCGCUUCUCAAUCAAGCUCUACAGUAGAGCCGCUGCAAGCAAUCUCUCCUCCAACUCGCCAUACUCCUCUGAGCCCCGUGGCGGCGCUGAACAGCAAACUGCGAAGGCGCAACAGUGCCGGCUCGCCAGUGACGACAUCUACUUUUGCUAUUGCGCCGAAGAUCGGGCCCCAGAGAACCUCGAAAAAUACACAGAAACUAAAGCUUCUACCUGAUCCGGUGACUGGAGAUGACGAGGAAGUUGUUGACGAUGGGUUCCCAAGGGAUGUAUAUACGCAAAUCAGCCGAAUUAAAGAGCCAACGGCAAGGCGGGCGGCGGCGAGACUGGGUAAGGCUGAUCGUGACCGUCUACCUCGAGUGACGGCAUACUGCACGGCCAAUUCGUAUCGCUUAGAUGGCGUUAUGCGGUUUUUGAAAUCGCGAGACAAGACUCGUGGAGCCAAUCCCAAGUUAUUUGACGAGUGCGUAUACUCGCCGUUCGACUACCGGUUUGAAACGAGACAGGCAGAACACCAAUUCCAAACGAGAAAUGGACACAUCUCAGAGAGGCCUAGCCACCAGCAGCAGCAGCAACCACCACCACCGCAAAGGCCGCAAGGAGAGCGCAGAUAUUCUGAUAGCGCAGUAGAAGUCGAAGAACAUGUCAAGAAUAUGCGAGAAGAGCUGAUCGACUUUCACGAUAAUGGAGAAAGCAGCAACACCCACAGCACAAGCACGGGCAAAGUUUCAUCUUCUACAGAAGAAGAGGGGCUAGAUCUUGACACCACGGUACACACACCAGAAGUAUUCCUCUUCGACUAUGGCACCGUGGUGAUAUGGGGCAUGUCACCCGCCGAAGAAUCCAGGUUCCUCGCAGACGUAGCAAAAUUCGCAACCGCCAUUCUCAGCACCGAGGACAGACAAGUCGAAAACUUCAAUUUCUACUACGCACGCGACUACCAAGCACGAAUAUACAACGACUUCAUCUCGCUCCGCGAACCACGCAACCACAUGAUCAAACUCGCCAUUUCCCACGCCCUCUCCCAAUCCGUGAAAACGUCCCUUUUCGAGGACCUUGUCUCCGAAACCAUCUCCGCCACAGCCCCGUUUCCCGCCCAAAUCGCCAAAACGGGCAGUGUGAACAUGACCCGCAAACAAAUCAACAUGCAGAUCGGCGAGCUGUUCAUCCUGCGCAUCAAUAUCCAUUUACAGGGCUCCGUGCUGGACAGUCCAGAGCUCAUGUGGGCCGAACCGCAGCUGGAACCUGUCUAUCAGGCUGUUCGCACCUACCUCGAAAUGGACCAGAGAGUUGGUCUGCUCACGGAGCGACUGGAUGUGAUUGCGGAUUUGCUGGCGGUGUUGAAGGAUCAAUUGAGUCAUCGGCAUGGUGAAUACCUGGAAUGGAUUGUCAUCGUCCUCAUUGCAGCUGAGAUCCUCGUUGCGGCUAUCAACAUUAUAGUUGAUUUGUAUGCCGGCGUGGAGUGA